CCCGGAGAAAACUUGAUACGAUGUUAUUAUUAUUAUAGUGAAAAACGGGAUUCUUCCGUGGGCUGCUUUUGUUUUGCCGUAGGUGCUCUUGCAGUUUCCGAAGUCAAAAGUGUCGUUAUCGGAUUUUAUUUCCAAUUGAAGAGUUCCUUCGUGGUGUUAAAAAUCAUUGAUUCUGUUACAGGAGAUGGCAAAACAGAACAAAAACCUGGUGAGAAAAAGAGGGGCGUCAAGAGACCGCGUGAAGACCAUGGCCGAGGAUAUUUUGAAUACAUUGAAGAAAAUAAGUACAGCAGGGCCAAGUCCCCUCAACCACCCGUUGAAGAAGAAGAUGAACACUUUGAUGACACAGUGGUGUGUCUUGAUACCUAUAACUGUGACCUGCAUUUUAAAAUCUCAAGAGACCGGUUUAGUGCUUCCUCACUGACCAUGGAAAGCUUUGCUUUCCUUUGGGCUGGGGGAAGAGCUUCCUAUGGAGUUUCUAAAGGCAAAGUCUGCUUUGAGAUGAAGGUUACAGAAAAGAUUCCUGUUAAACACCUGUAUACAAAAGACAUUGAUAUACAUGAGGUGCGAGUUGGCUGGUCACUGAACACAAGUGGAAUGUUGCUUGGUGAAGAAGAAUUUUCUUACGGAUAUUCUCUAAAAGGAAUAAAGACAUGCAAUUGUGAGACUGAAGACUUUGGUGAGAAGUUUGAUGAAAAUGAUGUGAUUGGAUGUUUUGCUAAUUUUGAUGGUGAUGAAGUGGAGCUCUCAUAUUCCAAGAACGGACAAGAGCUUGGUGUUGCAUUCAAAAUUAGUAAGGAAGUUCUUGAUGGGCGCCCGCUCUUUCCACAUGUUCUCUGCCAUAACUGUGCAGUUGAGUUCAACUUUGGUCAGAAAGAUGAACCUUAUUUUCCUGUACCUGAAGAGUAUACCUUCAUCCAGAAGGUCCCCCUGGAAGAUAGGGUUCGAGGACCAAAGGGACCUGAGCAAAAGAAAGAUUGUGAGGUGGUGAUGAUGAUUGGAUUGCCUGGAGCUGGCAAGACUACAUGGGUUACUAAACAUGCAGCAGCAAAUCCUGGGAAAUACAACAUUCUUGGGACUAAUACUAUUAUGGACAAAAUGAUGGUUGCAGGUUUUAAGCGGCAGAUGGCAGACACUGGGAAACUGAACACACUUUUGCAGCGAGCUCCACAGUGUCUUGGAAAAUUCAUUGAGAUUGCAGCUCGUAAGAAGCGGAAUUUCAUUUUGGAUCAGACAAAUGUGUCUGCAGCUGCGCAGAGGAGAAAAAUGUGCCUGUUUGCAGGCUUCCAGCGCAAAGCAGUUGUUGUUUGCCCAAAAGAUGAAGACUACAAGCAAAGAACACAAAAGAAGGCAGAGGUGGAGGGAAAAGAUCUUCCAGAGCAUGCAGUUCUCAAAAUGAAAGGGAACUUCACACUGCCAGAGGUAGCAGAAUGUUUUGAUGAAAUAAUCUAUGUAGAGUUGCAAAAAGAAGAAGCUCAGAAACUCUUGGAACAAUAUAAAGAAGAAAGUAAGAAAUCUCUUCCGCCAGAAAAGAAACAGAACACUGGCUCAAAGAAAAACAAGAAGAGCAAUAAAAAUCAGUUUAAUAGAGGGCAGAGGGGGCGUGGAGGAUUCAACAUGCGUGGCAACUUCAGAGGAGGAGUCCCAGGCAAUCGAGGUGGAUACAACAGGAGGGGAGGCAAUAUGCCACAGCGUGGUGGCGGAGGAGGUGGCGGUGGCGGCGGCAGCAGCGGUGCCAUUGGCUAUCCUUAUCCUCGUGGCCCUGUCUUUCCUAGCAGAGGUGGCUACUCAAACAGAGGAAACUAUAACAGAGGUGGAAUGCCCAACAGGGGAAACUACAACCAGAACUUCAGAGGAAGGGGGAAUAAUCGUGGCUACAAAAACCAAUCUCAGGGCUACAACCAGUGGCAGCAGGGUCAAUUCUGGGGUCAGAAGCCAUGGAGUCAGCAUUAUCACCAAGGAUAUUAUUGAAUACCCAAAUAAAUGAACUGAUACAUAUUUCUCCCAAACCUUCACAAGAAGUCGACUGUUUUCUUUAGUAGGCUAACUUUUUAAACAUUCCACAAGAGGAAGUGCCUGCGGGUUCCUUUUUUAGAAGCUUUGUGGGUUGAUUUUUCUUUUCUUUUUUUUGUACAUUUUUAAUUGCAGUUUUAAAGUGAUUCGUAAGAGAACCUCAGCAUUGUGCACGAUAAGAGAAUGUGUCAGUAUUUCAGGGUUCUACAUUUUAUCUGUAAAAUGUGACUUUUUUUUUUACCACAACAAAAGUAAAACGUUGCUUUGUACCUGGUGUCUUUUUAUUAAAGAAUUUUCUCCUUUUUCCCCAUUUACCCCAAUUUCUAAGAAACAGUCGUGAGUCGUGUCACAAUACGAUCGAAAUAUGAGCAACCAGAUUCGUGUGGAGGCUCCUUCGUAGCCCUCAUGAAUUUAUAAUGUAAAGCUCCAUAUUACACUCCAUCCUCUCUAUAAAGCUUUUGGGUGGGGAGGAGGGAAGGGGGAGGUAAAAGUUUCUGGCAAUAAACUAGGACUUUUUUGUAACACUUGGAAUUCAAUAAGAUGGGGGUGAAGAGGAAACCUGGAGCUAAAUAGUGAAGGUGGAGUGUAUGUAGAAGCUCUUAAAGUUGUAAAACUUGGUUGCAUUACUUGUGGAGGCUCAAACUUGUGAAGGUACACCACCAUAAUUUCUUUUCCAUUUGUUCUGCAUUUUGAUUCUGAAAAGAAGCUGGCUUUGCCCAUUUCUUAUUAAACAAAACUUGUUGUAAAUCCAGUUGUCUAAUGGGAUCUAUAUGAAGUUAGCUGUGUGUCUGUAUAACUUCCCCACAAAAUACUGUAUACCUAGUGUGCUUGUAGUAGUUACUCCACCAUUUUGUAAGCUAAUGAAACUGUGAGUCACCCAUUUUAUAUCUAAUUUUUAAUCAUGUCGGUUCUCAAAUGGGUGUAUCUCCUUAGCCUGCUGAUUCCUUUUCUCUUUAAAGAAAGUGGGUGGAGAAAUUUAACUCUAGACGUUUGUUUGCAAUAAAAUAAAUUCAUUUUACUCUUGUUUUGG